UGACAAAAAAACUGAGUGUUAGGAGUGAGCUUUACGUAUGGAUGCUUGAGUCGCUCUAGGAUGUCCGAACAAGAAAAAACGAGUGGCACUGCCCAGAUGGGCUCUGUAAUAAUGGUUGAGAAGACUACUAGUAGCCGACACCGAAAGCCCUGCCGACCUAACGAGGUACAAGAAGGCGCCGAAUUACAUCACAAACGUUCAAAGGCACCGGUGGUUCCCUCGGUUGGCGAGGAAUUGAAAAAUGUUGCUGACAAUUCCACUUUAAAUGAAAGUACAGCAAUUGAGAACCGAAAGGAGUGUACACAAGAGCUAUCGUCUGAAAAGCACAAGCAAAGCGUCACAAAAAAAUUAUCAUCUAGCACUAAGAAGCGAGAUCUUUCACCUGAAUCUAUCGCAUUAGCAACAUUAGAACAUGAUAAAAAGAAACCCAUACAAACAGAUGUACAGUCCGACCUCACUCCUAAAGAGAAGGCAAAGAAAGCACCUAACAAAGAAGACACAGACAGUAUCACGGAUGAAAUUACAGAGUUGCGGACCCCCGAAGUGGCAAAGGAACAUUCGGAAUGGUCGGACGAUGAGGAGGCAGGCGGGCUGCCGCGCUGUGACUCCCGAGGGUCGCGCGUGUCCCGCGCGGCUCGACAGCUCUUCUGCUGCGGAGUUGCGUACGAUGCCCCCUCGGAGGACAACAUCUCCACGCACCGCGGCUACCCCAUAUAGCUGCGCCGCUACAUGCAAAUACCAUCACGCAACGCUUCCAGUGUGCUCUAUUCCCAGAUUAUACCAGCUGGCCAUUUCCGAUAGGCAGCUUAGGAUCUACUCGUAUGUAUCGUAUGCGUACGCGAACUCUUACAGUUAAGCUUUAAAUGAGUAUAUAUGGCAGGUCAAGUUGCAUUGCGUGUAAUGGUCGAGACUUCGGUCAAAGCUUUGUGCCGGAAAAUAGAUGGUAUCACGUAUUCGGAUAGUGAACAGAAACACUGGCGGUCUGGAAUGGCCAGCUGGA